AUGGGCAAGAACAAGGUGUCCAAGAAGUCCUCGGACAAGGUGGCGAAGAAGGACAAGAAGGUGAAGAAGGCCGCGGCGGCGCCGGUCGCCACGGUGCCCGUGGUGGCCAAGCCAGUGAAGGCUGGCAAGGCCUCGGGGAAGAAGAAGGACAAGAAGACCAAGAAGAAGGCACCCCCGCCGCCGCCGCCUUCCAGCUCGUCGGAGGAGGAGUCCUCGGAGGAGGAGAGCGAGGAAGAGGUGAAGCCCAAGGCUGUGGCCGCCAAGAAGGCAGCGAAGAAGGAGGAAAGCAGCGAUGACGACAGCUCCUCUGAGGAAGAGUCUUCCGAAGAGGAGAAGCCCAAGGCCAAGGCGGCGGCACCCGUGAAGAAGGCCGAGUCGAGCGAUGACGACAGCAGUGAUGACAGCGAGGACAGCGACGAUGACGAGGAGGACAAGAAGAAGGCCGCUCCCGCCCCGACAAAAAAGGCUGCCGCCGCUGCGAAGAAGAAGGAGGAAAGCUCAUCCGAGGAAUCCUCCUCUGAUGAAGAGUCUUCGGACGAGGAAGAGAAGCCCAAGGCCAAGGCCGCCACCCCCGCCAAGAAGGCCGACAAGAAGGCCGAAAGCUCGGACGACGACAGCGACGACUCCUCCGAGGACGAGGAAUCUGACGAUGACGAGGAGGACAAGAAGGAGAAGCCGAAGGCGAAGACCGCCGCCAAGGCUGAGGAAUCGUCAGACGAUGACUCGGACGAUUCAGACGAGGACUCGGAUGACGAUGAGGAGGAGGAGAAGGAGAAGCCGAGCAAGAAGAGGAAGGCCGACGACGCCGAAGAGGGUGACGCAAAGAAGGCGAAGAGCGAGAACAGCAAGAUCUACCUCCGCGGCCUGCCGUGGGACACCUCUGACGACGACGUGAAGGACUUCUUCAAGGCCUGCGGCAAGAUCGUGACCGUGGAGCAGCCCAAGAACCCCGACGGGCGCUCGAGCGGCACCGCGUACGUGACCUUCGACAGCGCCGCCGCGGCGGCGAAGGCCAUCGAACUAGACGGGCAGGAGCUCGGGGGCCGGUGGCUCAAGAUCAUGAUGUCGUUCGAGAAGCCCGACCACGCGCGCAACGGGGAGCCCAAGGUUAAGCCGGCCGGCUGCACGACGGUGUUCAUCGGGAACCUCUCGUGGUCCAUCGACGAGGACACCAUCCGGCAGACGUUUGGGGAGUGCGGCGACAUCAAGAGCGUCCGCUUCGCCGAGGACAGGGAAACGGGAGAGUUCAGGGGAUUCGGACACGUGGAGUUCUACGAUGGAGAGCACGUCGAUGCCGCCAUGAAGCUCGCCAACAGCGACGUCAUGGGCCGACCUAUUCGCGUUGACUACGCUGCACCCCGGGCACCCCGCGACGACUCGUUCGGUGGGGGCGGCCGUGGCGGUGGAAGGGGCGGUGGCAGGGGCGGCGGGCGCGGGGGAGGACGGGGCGGGGGAAGGGGUGGUGGUAGGGGUGGGGGCGGAGGCGGGGGUUUCAACGCCCGCGCGAAGCAGGGCAUCCAGUCCUUCCAGGGCACCAAGAAGUCGUUUGAUUAAUUAAGGCGUUCGUUAGGAUUGCGCAAGCUUCAUCGAUUCCAAGGACCGGUGCUGCCAGGAGGGAUGAUUCGAAUAAGAGCUUCAAGAGGGUUAAUUCGUGCGUGGGUGUUUUGACGUAUGUAGUUUUACGGAGUUGAAUGUAGCAGUCUUUUUUGUUGGAGUAGUUAAGUUUGUCGUCUUCAAAACGAUAUUGUUGUGUGUGGUGUGUUAGGUUUUUGUCUUUGCUAUAUCGUGUUUGCUGCGAUGACCGCUUGGUGUUGCACAGCUGAUGAGGUCUUGCACCCCCACCCAGCAAAAGACUUUCUUCCUGUUCAUCAUGAAGCGGUUUGUAGGUCGUAAGUUGAACUAUCGGAGCGGCAUUCCGCAAUGCUCGUACGUAUCUGAGGUAAGGCAGUUGAGGGUGCAAAGAACCUGGAGCUGAGUGUUGAGAAUGUCUUUGUGUUUCCUGUACUCCGCGACAAGACUCUGUUUCUGUCGUUGUGGCCCACAUGGAACACCCGGGUUGAACACGUCGUGUGGAUGUAUCUUAUCCACCAACGUUUUUGCUCAAUGGGUGUGAGGGGGGUCCUGUGUGUACCUGUCUGGCACCACCGUUUAUUUGCUCUUUUUUGGUGACCUGUCCCGCGACCCGACCCUUUGGGAAAUUUCGGCUGAUGAGGAAGGAAGCAACUCCGUCGUGAUGACGAUGAGAGAGACCCGAUUUGUGAGAUUUCCAGGCUUCUUAGGGGGCGGGGGGUUCAGGGACACACGACGACUGACAGGAGCUGUUGGUUCACGAACGCCAACUGUUGGUUGAAAUGUCGCUUCCUGGCUACCCCGUUCUCAAGUCUGUGGAAGCCCCGACCCGUGAGAGAUUCCAAAACCGUGAACUGUCCCGACCCGAAUAGAGAAUGUCCCAGAGAAAGACCCUGAGAAGGACCCACAAAUGGAAUGACUGACCCGACCUGACCCGACCCGUGACCCUUGAGGCGUCCAUGGUUCUCUUUUUUGAGACCCCGACCGCCGAUCCGGACCCGAUUCUGCGACGAUUUUGGUUUUGUUUUUUCCGUUUCGACGGAUGCUUCUUCGGCCCCCCUCUGCUGGGUUUUUUGACGGAGAUAUU